UAAAAUAAUAAUAAUAAUAAUAAAUUAAAAAUUAAAAAAAAAAACAAUGACUUGCGUCUUUGCCAAAACAAAAAACAAAAGAAGAACGAAAACAAUGACUUAUGUAUAUAACACUACAUAACCACAAUCGAUUUCAUUAGAAGAUCCAUAUAGCUAGCCGGCCGGAAUGAAGCUUGAAGUGCAAGUAAGCUCCAAGGAGAAUAUCAAACCAUCUUCUCCAACCCCCGGCCAUCUUCGCUAUCACCCCUUGUCUUUUCUUGAUCAAAUCAAUAGCCCAUCCUACUUCUGUUUUGUGCACUUCUAUGAACUGAAUGGAGGAGACACACAACCUGAAACUAGCGAGAUAUCCGGCCAUCUCAAGAAGUCGUUAGCCGAGGUCUUAACCCUUUUCUACCCACUCGCUGGACGACUCAAAGACAACCUUUAUGUUCACUGCAAUGAUGAGGGCAUAGCGUACCUUGAAGCUCGAGUCAACAAGACCACGCUUUCCGACCUUCUCGACGAUCCCAUCCCUGGUGAACUCACCAAACUCGUCCCAUUUGAAGGAGAUGUUAAUGAAUUCUCCCUCGGUGUGCAGCUUAACAUUUUUGAAUGCGGUGGAGUCGCUAUUGGGAUUUCCUUUUCCCACAAGCUUACAGAUGGGUUAUCUAUGCUCAUGUUCAUCAAAGCUUGGGCUGCCACUUCCCGACGUGCCCUCGGAGAUCAUCAAGCUGAAAUCGAGCCUCCACAGUUUGUUUCAGCAACAUUCUUCCCGCCAAAGAUAUUCACACAACACGAUGCAAGCUUUGGUAUGAGAAAGAAUAAAGUGACAACAAAAAGGUUUGUGUUUGAUGCCGCCAACAUUGAGGACCUCAGAGCAAAAUAUGUCGACCUAGACAAACCGUUGAUCAAGCGCCCCUCGCGUGUCGAGUCCUUAUCGGCUUUUCUAUGGAGCCGAAUAGUGGCUGCUUCGAAAGAUGAUGAUCAUGUUGACGACAAGUUGUAUAGAGUGAUGAAUGUUGUCAAUCUUCGUCCACUGUUCAAUCCACCGUUGCCGCAAUCUGUGUUUGGAAACCUCGUCGGGAUUUCCAUAACAUCUCCAACAUCCUCGGGGGCAGAAUAUUCUAGUGGUUUCAUCAAGCACUCACGAGAGCAAAUAAGCAACAUUACCGACGACUACGUGAAAAAACUUCAUCAAUGUGAUGAGCAUUUGGGUUUUCUGGAGAGAUAUGCUGAUGUUUAUAAGAGAGGAGAGAGUACCGUGACGUCCAUGUUCAGUAGUAUAUGCAAGUUUCCUCUGUAUGACAGUGACUUUGGUUGGGGAAGACCAACGUAUGUGGGCGUUCCGGCGUUCAGCUUCGCGAACACGAUCGUUUUCGUCGACCCCAAAGAGGGUGGUGGAAUAGAGGUCCACGUUUGCUUGAGGGAAGAGGUCAUGGUUAAAUUUGAAAGGGACCCCAAGUUGCUCUCACGGCUGAGUUUGAGUUCGGUUGGUUCGGGUUCAAUCAAAAAACCUAUUCAGACUAGAUCGGUAAAGUCUGGAUCGGGGGGAUUUAAGGGUUUGCUCUCACGAUUUUGAAAGAGGAAAUCUUAACAUUUAUACAAAUUAAACUACGUACCAUAUUGGUUGUAAAGCUGCGAUGGCUGUGCAUCGAUCACUCUUUCACUUGUGAGAUUUUCUUUAAUUUGUUGGUCUUCCUCUAAAAAUUUAUGAUGUAUCUUUGAUAGCUGUUCGUUAGAGGGUGUGGGUGUUUUUUUUUGGCUGUAAUGAUGGAAUUAUACCCUUGAUUAUAGGGGUGGAAUCAGAAUCUGUAAUUUGGGGGGUCGAGAAUUAUAUAGACGUAUUACCAAUGUACAAC